AUGAGUGUUCUUAUUAUCCCACAUGCUGGGACGUAUUACGGCCAUUUUGAGUUCGCGGUGGUGCAGAGUGGACGGUCGCCGGCGCGAUUGAACGUCACUGUGCGGGAAUCUCAGCAGCCACUGCCAGUGUUUAGCACGAGAGACGUGUGGCCGUCGGGCAACAAACUCGCAUUGCCGCCGGGGGAUUAUUGCGUGCGGGCGGAGUUGUUGUUGCCGCGACUCAGUGGGGCCUAUGUGCUACUCGAUGCAGUGGAAGUGCGAUACCGCGUGCUGCAGGAGAAACCACACAAACACAAAACUCCCAUGUUGACAACGGCAUCCGUAUCGACAGCAUCUACCACCACAACAACAACUGGUGGACAGACAUGGCGGGAAGAGGUCGCAGCAGGUGGUAGUAGUGGUAUGCAGUAUAUUGUUCCUAUGGUGAACGUGAAUGGUUUUGUUGUCGUCUCACCGUCGCCUCACAAUACAUCAAACGAAAAGAGUAACAAGAGUUCGCGAAGCAGUACAACGGCAGAUAUGGCGUGCAGUCAUGGGUUGUAUCAACAGACUCUCUGCCAUUCACGUGAACCAACACCCACACGGGCCCUUACAGUUUUAUCUACACAAUCGUCUUUACGAGAAAACCCCGUCGCGGCUCCCAUCCAUCUCUCCGUAAGUAACGGUGAUGAUGAUGAACCAUUGAUGCCACUGCCGUACUCUGGAGUAGGGACAACAUCUGCAGAAGGAGAAGCAGCACCUGGAUGGAUAUGGGGAUUGCCUCCAACUCCGGUGAAUAAUAAUAAUAAUAAUAAUAAUAAUAAUAAUAAUAAUAAUAAUAAUGACAUUGAUCCCAUGGUGAGAACUUCUUCUGCUUCUACUACUACUUCUGAGCGGCUGCGUAAAUCUAUUAAUAGUCAACAUGUAUUUCAAGAGUAUAACACUCCAAAAGUUGAUUCUUAUCCUGCAUCAUUACGAGAUCAACAACAACAGGAACGAAUGCAGUCUGUGCAUAACAGUGAAACCCCGGCAUCCCGUGGACGUACACCAGCAGAAAGCAUGAAAAUUGAAUCGCAUAUGAACUCUGCAAAUAAUUCUUCUGCAGCAAUUUUGCAUGGAUAUUCCUCUGCAUCUUCGCAAAGGCAGGCAAGUGUGUCAGUGCCAUGGCUAAAUGAAGCUGUUGAGACGAAUUCAAUGAAUGUUGUACCUCGUGAAGUUUAUUCAAAAGUGAAUGAUCUUUCAGUACAUUCGUCCCGUAAUUCAACUCGUGCUGAAGUUUGGGAUACGAAUACCCCUGUGUUUUCUCGUAAACUAACACCUAUGGGUGUGCAUCGUGAUACGACUCCUAUUAAGGAUUUGGAUCCGUUUGUUGACCCAUAUCAACAGGAACAACAAGAACGAAAACAAAGUUGGCGCUCUCAGGCUGGAGAAUCUGAGCAGUCUACAGUACCAAUUCCAUCAAAGUCAUCCAUGGAAGAAAAGAGAGUUUCUACAACGGUCUUUUCUGGAACUAAUAACAAUAAUACCAAGGAACGUUCAGUGAAUCAGUAUAGGGUGAAAUCCUUGAGUCCAUAUCAUUCUAAUGAGAAAAGUAAUCCUACUUUUCUUAUUUCCCCACCGGAUAUAAUCGAUAGACAUGUACCUUUUUCCUUUACGAUGACCCUUGGUCCUUUAAAUUCCAAACCUCUAUCCAGCACAGUAUUUCUUAAUGUAUUGGUAGAGGAAGUAGUGGAACCAGGAAUUGUACCAGCAGAGCCUGUGAUUUGUGUGGUGCCUGCUACUCUGGCUGCAGUACCAACAAGCGCGAGAGGAGUGCGUACGGCGUGGGUGUGUUCACCCUCUAUUCGCAUGAGUGAACGUCGUAGAGUGAUGGAAAUGCUUAGUGCAGUAACAACAACAGAUGAUGAGAAUAAACGUGUUUUGCUUAACGGUAUGGCGAUAUCAACGGCGUAUGUGGGUCCCGCCUGUGAUGGUCAAGCAUUGUCUGGAAUAGAGUUUGUUAUCGAUACCUUUGAAACAUCAUCCUCAUGGCAAUUCUUUUUAUCAUUUAGAGAGAUUGAAUCUUUGGAUGAUGGUGAGGAAGAGGAGGAAGAAGAAGAAACUGAAUAUAGUACUGGACACAAUACAGGAGUUGGAUAUGAAGAGGAAUUUGAGAAUAAUAUCAAUGAAAGUACAAACAAGAAUAACAAGUACAAACAGACAUCGAACUUGGAUGAACGUGCACUUGAAAUGGAGGUGUUGUAUAACUCAUUGCCGUAUAUUUGCUGUUUCAGGGAUGAAAGUAACGAAAUGUUUUUGGAGGUGCAUCGCAAGAAUACAGUUGUCGCUUGUGCGUCUAUCAAGAAUGGUUCACAUAUUGCCAUGUACUUUGGUACAACUGAGGUUAAAAAUGGUAAGGGACACCAGUCGUAUCUCUCUAUUCUUGUAGAUUACCGUACUGUAUACUGCUAUGCAAUUCGGGGGAUAAAAAUUCCUGAGAAACUUCGUGUUAUUAUCAUGAGUAGAGUUGAAUAUUCGGGAAAACGUAGUUCGGAUGUUUCUGUGCGACUGUGCGAGAUGGAGUUACUCUCACAACAACGCAGACUUUUGGCAUUUGUUGAUGAAGUGAACGUCAAUGAGGCGAAUAGUGCCCAACGCAAUGGCAACAAACAACAAGAGGAUUAUCAAGAGGAAUACAGUGGGGGGAAACCUGGGUGUAUCUCUGCAUGGGUGGCCGGUGAAAACCCUGGUGUGCGAGCAUGGAAAAGUGUUACAAUUGUUUAA